GGACAUCUCACUCUCGUCUUUACUCUAACUCUCUCCGCCAUCUCACGAGAAGCGGACAGUGUAACCAUGGCGGCCGUUUCUGUGUUGUCGCUAUUGGCCACCUUUGUCGCUCUAUUCAUCGCGUAUCGUGUAUAUGCCGCGCAAGCUCUGCGACUCAAAGCCCGGAAGCAUGGGUGCCAACCCGCUCCCCGUUACAAGCACAAAGACCCUGUCUUCGGUCUUGAUCUCUUCUUGCGAACUGGAAAUGCCAUCACUAAGCACCAAUUCCUGGUGGAGCACCAGCAGCGCUACGACACGUAUGGCCACACGUUCGAAGCCCUCAAUUUCGGCUCCCAUGCCAUAUAUUCUGUCCAUCCAGAGAACCUGAAGACAGUGUGGUCUAAAAAAGCGGCCGACUGGGGCAUUCAGCCACUGCGCCUGCACAAUAUGCAUCCCUUUUGCGGAAGCGGAUUCAUCACCACCGACGGCCUGGAGUGGAAGCGCUCUCAUGCACUCCUCAAGCCUGGCUUCCACAAGUCGAAUAUCUCUGACUUCACGCCUCUAGAAGAGCACCUGCGGAUGAUGUUGGACCAAAUCCCAAAAGACGGGUCAAAAUUCGACCUUCAGCCCUGGAUAUUCAAGCUGUAUCUUGACAUGAAUACGCUCUUUCUCUUCGGAGAACCGAUUGGGAUGCUUUCAGGGUCUCUUCCCCCAAAUGGAGAAGGGUUCUUGGAUGCAUUCCAAGCUGGCUUCAACGGAUGCGGGAUGCGGAUUGCCUUGGGACCCUUAAAAUUCCUUCUACCCAAAGGAAGCUGGCUCAAGGCGUGUGAAAAGGUGCACAAAUUUGCCGACGUAUACGUUGACCGAGCACUUGAGUAUCGCGAGAAGCACAAGCACGAAUUCGGCACUCAGGAAGGGCGGGUACCUCCUAAGCAACGCACUCUCCUCUACAACAUGGCCCAGCAAACAGACAACAAGACCAUCCUUCGGGACCAAAUAAUCCAAGCCAUGAUGGCAGCAACCGAGACAACCGCCUCUCUACUCAGCACCGUAAUCCACACGCUCGCCACCCAUCCCUCCAUCUUCGCGACACUCCGGGCCGAAACCAUAGCCCUAGGAGCCGAAUCACUGAGUUUUGACCGGCUGACGCGCAUCAAAUAUCUCCAAAACGUCAUCACCGAGACCCUCCGGCUUCACCCUGUCUUCCCACAAAACAACCGCGUCGCCCUACGGGACACGGUUCUCCCCACGGGCGGAGGACCCGACGGCACGGGGCCCAUCUUUGCACCUGCAGGCACUCUCUUCGACACCUGUUUCGCAACGCUGCACCGCGACAAGAAGAUCUGGGGACCGGAUGCUGACGAAUUCCGCCCGUCGCGUUGGGACGGCGACGCUGCGUUUGCUCCCUCGUCGUUCGAAUUUAUGCCCUUUGGUGCAGGCCUCCGGCAGUGUUUGGCGCAGCAGAAAGCGACCAUGGAAGUCUCUUAUAUCAUCGCGCGGAUGCUGCAGGAAUUUAAGGAGAUUAGGAGUGAGGACGACAGACCAUACCAGGCUCAGGUAGCCCUAACGGCGAAGAACGCGAACGGGUGUCUUGUAUCUCUCAUACCUGCCGCUUGAUUCACAGCAUAGAUUAUCCAAGGGCUGUAAUU